CUGCCAAGGCAUGCGAACAGUACGCCAAAGAGCAUUUCGGCAGCAAGAGCUGAGAUUUUCAUCGCGCAACUAGCGUCUUGUCUUGUCUGAGGAAUAAGACACCUCCUCGCUUGCGCUUUCGUUUAUGGGAUACAGGACAUUGGCAUCAUGGGAAAUUGAGGCUACGAAUUUGAUUUGCUUGGGUGGAUAUAGCGGCCAUUGCUGCCAUCUGCUUCCAGCUACGCGAAACAAGGGAGGCAAACUAAGGGUCCUCAACAGUCCAGGGAUAUUCUUUGCAUUUCAAACGCUAUGGGAUGGGUUUGACCAUCACAGAACAACAGCAUGGGGUGUUCAUUUGUGCUUUCUUUUUGGUUUGUUGUCUUUAUUCUUCUUUUCGUAUCUUUUCUUCAAUUCUUCUGUUUUAUUUGAGAAAAGAGAUACUUUGAAUCUUGUCUCUGGUCUUUCAGCUCUUUCGCUCGAGACGAUUAACCUUAAGCAAUGGCGGCUGGAGGCUGAGAACACUCGGUUAUUGAGUUGCGGUCUUGGUCCGCGUGCUUCAUACGAACAAGAGGUGGGAAGCGUUCAUCGCGUCAGUCUUCAGCGUAUCUAGUUCUAGGAGGGAUCAAACUCUACUCUACGAUUUCCCAUCAAUCGGAAGAACCAAUCCUCUACGAUCGGUUUCCAGAAACGAACACCAGCAUCUUGAUUUGGUCUUUUGGGUCUCGCUAUCGCAAAGCGACACUUACCAAAGCUCCUCCAAAUCCCCUGGU